AUGUUUCAGUCGACUAGUACAGCUAAAAGCUUGACAUGGCAUGCUGAUGAGCGACUGAAGGAUGAUAAAAUGAGGCAUCCGGCUGACUCCCCUACUUGGAAGUUAGUGGACGAUAAGUGGCCUGCUUUUAGUUCAGAGCCUAGGAAUCUAAGGCUAGCGCUGUAUUCUGAUGGUUUCAAUCCCCACAGUUCCCUUUCUAAUAGAUAUUCUUGUUGGCCUGUCAUACUAGUGACCUACAAUCUUCCCCCAUGGCUCUGCAUGAAGAGGAAGUAUAUGAUGCUCACCUUGUUAAUCUCUGGACCUAAACAGCCUGGAAAUGACAUUGAUGUCUAUCUCCAGCCCUUGAUAGAUGAUUUGAAGAUUUUGUGGGAUGGGGUUGAAGGGGUAUAUGAUGGUUAUAGAAAAAAGUACUUCAAACUUAAAGCAGUGCUCUUUUGGACCAUUAACGACUUCCCUGCAUAUGGGAAUUUGUCAGGCAGCAUUGUGAAAGGGUACAAUGCUUGUCCUGUUUGUUUACAGCAUACCAAACCUCAUAGGCUGGCUCAUGGUCAAAAGAUGUCGUAUAUGCGGCAUCGAAGAUUCUUACCACGUUACCAUCCUUAUCGAAAACAGGCAGCAGUUUUCGAUAACACUGAAGAACGUGAUCUCGCUCCUAUUCCAUUAAGUGGACAUGAGGUGCUGCAAAGAGUAGAAGGUAUGAACUGGCCUUUUGGUAAAAAGCACCCUCAUCCUCCAUAUAAGGGUGCUGAAGAUGAGAGUAGACCAUGUUGGAAGAAGAAAUCUGUUUUCUUCGAACUUGAGUACUGGAAGUUUCUUCCCGUUCGACAUAAUCUUGAUGUAAUGCACAUCGAGAAAAAUGUUUGCGAUGCAUUAAUCGGUACAUUGUUGAAUAUUCCUGGGAAAACCAAAGAUGGGGUGGCUGCUCGUUUAGAUAUGGUGGCAAUGGGUAUAAGGGCUGGUCUGAAUCCUAAAAUUGGGGGGAAAAAAGAGAAAUUACCUUUGGCAAGUUGGAAUCUCAUGUUAGAAGAAAAGAAAACAGUUUGCAAAUCUUUUUUUGGCAUGAAGCUUGCUGAUCGGUUAUGUUCUAUUAUGAAGAGUUUAGUGUCCAUGGAUGAUCUACGGCUUGUUGGUAUGAAAUCACAUGAUUGCCAUACCGUCCUCCAUCACUUGCUCCCCAUUGCAAUUCGUUCAGUAUUAGAGAAACCAGUUAGAUAUGCUAUCAUUAAGUUCUGUCUCUUCUUCAAGGCCAUAUGCAGUAAAGUCAUAGAUGUAGAGAAGCUAAAAAAAAUUCAAGCUGACCUUGUCGAAACAGUUUGUGAGCUUGAGAAAUUCUUCCCACCGUCCUUCUUCGAUAUUAUGAUUCAUCUUUCGAUCCAUCUUGUUAGAGAAGUUGAGCUCUGUGGCCCUAUUUUCUUUAGAUGGAUGUACCCCUUCGAAAGGUACAUGAAAACAUUAAAAGGAUAUGUUAGGAACCGUAACCAUCCAGAAGGUUGCAUUGCUGAAUCAUACAUCGCCGAAGAAGCAGUAGAGUUUUUGGCAGAACGUAAUCUAACUGAACCUACUGUUGGACUACCAUCUAGCAGUACAUCUGACCAGAAGGGGACGUGCAGACCUAUGUCAGGUGCCACAAUGAUCUAUCCAAGUCAAAAGAAGUUGCAGCUAGCACAUCUUUGUGUGUUGCAGAAUACGAAUGAAGCAAGGCCCUACUUUGAGUAA